AUGUCUGGUGUUGCGGUGAAUGACGGAUGCGUGGACCUGUACAACCAGAUCAAGAUGAAGAAGGACCUGCGCUACGUCAUCUUCAAGAUUGAGAACCACAAGGAGAUCGUCACCGAGUGCCAGGGCCCUUCCGGCGAGACCUACAAGGACUUCGUGGCCAAGCUGCCGGAGGGUGAGCCCAGGUAUGCGCUGGUGGACUACGAGUACACAUCGGAAGAUGGGCGUCCGCAGAGCAAGCUUUGCUUCGUCUUCUGGUCGCCAGAUGACAAGACCACCGUGAAGGAUCGGAUGGUCUACGCCAGCUCCAAGGAUGCGCUCAAGAAGAAGUUCCCGGGCAUCAUGAAGGAGGUCCAAGCCAACGACAUGGGCGACCUGGACGUGAAGGAGGUCGAUGACCUCAUGAAGAAGAAGUAG